GCUUGGGAUCUCGGACAGAACUUAUUUAAAUGCGGCUGCCGGAGCGCAGAACGAAUCACUCUGAUUGCUGUCGCUGUUGGAUUUACACGUCUGCCCGCUCCGAUCAAAAACUAACCCAUAAUGUGUGACGAGGAAGCAUCAGCCUUAGUGGUGGACAAUGGCUCCGGCAUGUGCAAGGCCGGAUUCGCCGGAGACGAUGCGCCCCGUGCCGUAUUCCCCUCGAUCGUGGGCCGCCCCCGUCACCAGGGCGUCAUGGUGGGCAUGGGUCAGAAGGACUGCUACGUGGGCGAUGAGGCGCAGAGCAAGCGAGGUAUCCUCUCCCUGAAGUACCCCAUUGAGCACGGCAUCAUCACCAACUGGGAUGACAUGGAGAAGGUCUGGCAUCACACCUUCUACAAUGAGCUGCGCGUGGCCCCCGAGGAGCAUCCCGUCCUGCUGACCGAGGCUCCCCUGAACCCCAAGGCCAAUCGCGAGAAGAUGACCCAGAUCAUGUUCGAGACCUUCAACUCGCCGGCCAUGUACGUUGCCAUCCAGGCCGUGCUCUCCCUGUACGCUUCCGGUCGUACCACCGGUAUUGUCCUGGACUCCGGCGAUGGUGUUUCCCACACCGUGCCCAUCUAUGAGGGUUAUGCCCUGCCCCAUGCCAUCCUGCGUCUGGAUCUGGCUGGUCGCGACUUGACCGACUACCUCAUGAAGAUCCUGACCGAGCGCGGCUACUCCUUCACCACCACCGCCGAGCGUGAGAUCGUGCGCGACAUCAAGGAGAAGCUCUGCUACGUUGCCCUGGACUUUGAGCAGGAGAUGGCCACCGCUGCCGCCUCCACCUCCCUGGAGAAGUCCUAUGAGUUGCCCGAUGGCCAGGUGAUCACCAUUGGCAACGAGCGUUUCCGCACCCCUGAGGCCCUCUUCCAGCCCUCGUUCCUGGGCAUGGAGUCCUGCGGCAUCCAUGAGACCGUCUACCAGUCGAUCAUGAAGUGCGACGUCGACAUCCGCAAGGAUCUGUAUGCCAACAAUGUGCUGUCCGGCGGCACCACCAUGUAUCCAGGUAUCGCUGAUCGUAUGCAGAAGGAGAUCACUGCCCUGGCUCCGUCCACCAUCAAGAUCAAGAUCAUUGCCCCGCCAGAGCGCAAGUACUCCGUCUGGAUCGGCGGCUCCAUCCUGGCCUCGCUGUCCACCUUCCAGCAGAUGUGGAUCUCGAAGCAGGAGUACGACGAGUCCGGCCCCGGAAUCGUCCACCGCAAGUGCUUCUAAGCACUGGGUCAGCACUCUGGCCGCCCAAGUCACCAUCACAAUCUCCUCGAGCGCGGGCCUGGUGUUUGUCUAGUGCCACAGACAUCCGUCCAGGACGAGGACGAGGUCGCAGUUCAGUGAAAAGUAUCUUUAAAAUUACAUUUAGUUGAUGAAGAAGUUUUUAACACAAUGAUGAAGAGAGAGAGAGAGAGAACAAGAAAAGAGAACAAGAGAAAAAGACAGGAAACGAGCGGGCGACGCCUUCUUUUUUUUUAUUAUCCUUGCUAUUUUGAUUUGAUUUGACUCGGAAUUCCUUUAGCUAGCAAGUCGCCAAAACAAUCGGCUGAAGCGUACAAUAAAAACCAAUAACCCAUGUGAA